AGCCCACACAUCUUCCGAGAGCGCGGGCCUGGAGGAGGCGCCGGCGCCGGCGACGCCUCUCGAGGAAGUUGGCCCUUUAAUUAUAGAGCCAGUUCCCUGUCGCAUCCACCUUCAGCAGAGAGCAGCAGACACAGUCGGUGUCAGUCCCCUGUCCCGGGUACGGCACCAGCACCGCACCGCAGCCAUGGGCGGCUCCGCCUCCAGCCAGCUGGACGAGGGCAAGUGCGCCUACAUCCGAGGAAAAACUGAGGCUUCUAUCAAAAACUUCAGUCCCUACUACAACCGCCAGUAUUCUGUGGCUUUCUGUAAUCAUGUACGCAGUGAGGUGGAGCAACAGAGAGAUUUAACGUCGCAGUUCCUGAAGACGAAGCCCCCGUUGGAACCAGGAACUGUUUUGUAUGAAGCUGAGCUCUCACAGUAUGCUGAAGACAUCAGGAAAUGGAAGGACAGAUACAUCGUGGUUAAAAAUGAUUUUGCUGUGGAAAGCUAUGAGAACAAAGAGGCCUAUCAGAGAGGAGCUGUUCCUAAAAGCCGAAUUCUUCCAGCUGGAGGCAAGGUUUUAACCUCAGAAGAGGAAUAUAACCUCUUGUCUGAUAAGCAUUUCCCAGACCCCAUUGCUUCCAGUGAGAAGAACUCUCAGCCCUUUGUGGUCCUGCCCAAGUCAUUCCCCGUGUACCUGUGGCAGCCUUACCUCAGGCACGCCUACUUCUGUUUCCACGAGGCCACGGAGCAACAGAAGUUCAGCGCUCUUCUCAAUGACUGCAUCAGACACCUCAAUCACGAUUACAUGAAGCAGACGACAUUUGAAGCCCAAGCCUUUUUAGAAGCUGUGCAGUUCUUCCGGCAGGAGAAGGGUCACUAUGGUUCAUGGGAAAUGAUCACGGGGGAUGAAGUCCAGGUCCUGACUAAGCUGGUGAUGGAGGAGCUCCUGCCCUCCCUUCAGACUGACCUGCUUCCUAAAAUGAAGGGGAGGAAGAAUGAGAGGAAGAGGGCCUGGUUUGGUCUCCUGGAGGAAGCCUACAAUCUGGUUCAGCACCAAGUGUCGGAAGGACUAAGUGCCUUGAAGCAGGAGUGCAGAGCUCUGACAAAGGGCCUGGAAGGGACCAUCCGCUCAGACAUGGAUCAGAUUGUGAACUCAAAGAACUUCCUAUCUGGGAAGAUCAGAGCAAUGGUAGCUCAGCCAGCGGAGAAAAGCUGUGGGGAGAGUGUGCAGCCGUUCCUGGCAUCCAUCCUGGAGGAGCUGAUGGGGCCAGUGAGCUCUGGCUUCAGUGAAGUGCGUGCACUUUUUGAGAAAGAAGUGGGUGAACUCAGCCAGAGCUUCCACGGCAGCCAGGACAGUGUCCAGCUGAAGGAGCACCUGGACCAGCUGAUGAGGCUUCCUCUGGAUUCUGUGAAGAUGGAACCUUGUUAUACUAAAGUCACCUUGCUUCCAGAGCGCCUGCUGGAUCUCCAGAGUCGCUUCCGAUUCCCUCACGUGGAUCUGGUGGUCCAGAGGACUCAGAACUACAUGCAAGAGCUCAUGGAGAAUGCAGUGUUCACAUUUGAGCAGUUGCUCUCCCCGCAUCUCCAAGGAGAGGCUUCCAGAACAGUGGCUGCCAUUGAGAAGGUUAAGCUCCGUGUCUUAAAGCAAUAUGAUUACGAUAGCAGCACCAUCCGGAAGAAGAUCUUCCAGGAGGCACUGAUUCAAAUCACACUGCCCACCGUGCAGAAGGCACUGGCAUCCACAUGCAAACCAGAGCUUCAGAAGUAUGAGCAGUUCAUCUUCGCAGAUCACACCAAUAUGAUCCAUGUUGAGAACGUCUAUGAAGAGAUCUUGUAUCAGAUUCUCCUUGACGAAACCCUGAAAGUGAUCACAGAGGCAACUGUCUUGAAGAAACACAACUUAUUUGAAGACAACAUGGCCUUGCCCAGCGAAAGUGUAUCUAGCCUGACAGAUCUCAAAACCUCCAUGGGGUCAAACCAGGCCAGCCCAGCCAGGAGAGCGUCUGCCAUUCUCCCAGGGGUCCCAGAUAAUGAAGUGUUUCAGGAGCCAGAGGAAAAGAUGCAGCAGCCUGGGGUACCCAGCUCACUGGUCAGAGAAGGAAGUACUUCCAUCCCUGGGUCCAGUCCUCCUUCAGGUGGGGAUGGGCAGGUGACUGUGUCCAGUGUGGAUAGCUCUGCUGGGAGUCCUCUCACUGCAGAGGAUAGGGCAGGACCCCUCAGCUCACACUUGUCAGAGGUAGAAAGUGGGGAGACCCUUAAAGAAGAAGAACCCACCUGUGAAAUGCCAGAGUCUAUCGUCACUCCAGGGUCCUUGAAGGAGCUGAAAGAGCUGUUGACUGUGACAGUAUCCAUAGAGUCUACCCCAGUUAUUGAGAAUGAUACACACGAGGGGACACAUGCUCCCCAAGAAAAUGAAAAAGAAGACAACAAGAUCUACCCAGAAGCCAGUCAGACAGCUGCCAUCCAGCAGGACAACUGUGAAGAAAGUGAAGUCAGAGAGAGCGAGGCCCACCCUACCCCUCUGGAAGCUGAGUCUUCUGGAGUGGACUUGGGGACAGAAGCUAGCAGCACUACCUCUCAGUCCACUGGUGGGGGGCUCACUGAGGACACAGGCUGUCUAGGUCCCUUAGGGGAGCCAUCUGAGGCCCCAGAGCCCGCUGAAAAUGUACCCCCAGCCAUAGUUUCCACACAGGACACCACCCACAUAGAAGGCAAGGCUGUGCACGCCGAGGCGGUCACACUGCAAGAAGAUGCCACGUUAAAUUCGGAUCCUACCUGUUCUAUGGAGAGGAACGAGAUGCCCCAGGUUUAUGAGGAUCCAGAAGUGCAGGAAAGGAAUGAUAGCCCAGCCCUUGCCACCCGUGUGCAUGGGUGCCAGUGGGUGGUAGAGGAUGCCCCAGGCACCAACACCUCAGAAAUGCCUGAUAAUGAUGUGAACUCCCCUGAACAGCCCUCAGAGGAGUAGUAGAAACAAUUUGGCCAGAGUUUUUCUUUUAAAACUGUUGGUCAAAGAGUUUUAGUUAUGGGUAUCCAUAGGGGAUUGCAUGUGGAUUGCUAUAAAACUUAUGAAAUAUUUCCUUAAUUUGAAUGAUAAGGCCAGAGGAAAUGUAUGCAGGGUAUGAACAUUUAGGCCAACCUUGGGGGGCUGGACUGCUCCCUGUGAAUGGCUACUUUAGCAUCUUAAUAGAAGUGAUGAGAGAAUUGGAGUAUUGGUGUGAAAAGCAGUUAAAGGGGCUCCAGAGGGGGAGCAGUACUGCAGCAGAGACUAAAAGAGCAGGAACAGGCACCUUGAUACUCUCUGCACUGAAAUGUGGUGCAAAUUACUGCACUUUAAGGUAUUUUUUAGCAAGAGUACAAAGGUCUACGGUGACUCCAGCCUUGCCACCUUUUCUGUCAGCUUCACCGCCUCUUCCAUGGCAUUUGUCCAUUGUCAGGCCACAAGAGAGAGGAAGUCAUGAGCGCCAGGCACCCCCUACCCUGUGAAGGGCCCCAGAGCCAGUCGUGGCUAGCAGGUCUCAGGUGAUGCAGAGCAAAAAUUCAAGGAGGAAGGUCUGUGGAACUAUCUAGGGCCCUGUUCCUAGUCCUGCUAUCAAUUCCUUGUUGGUUAAUUUUGUUGAUUUGUACUAGUUAAUCACUCUUUGAGGGAAUUUGGAUGGGGCAAGAGAUUUUAUUGGCACAAAUUAGCCUUAGGUUGUGCAAAGUGCUUAGCUAAAUUUUCUAGCUCGAAACCUACCAAUUACACAGACAUUAUUUGAACAGCUAGUGCAUGCUCUAUUAGGCACAGUAAUAAGUAAAGGAUCAGGCAUUUUGCUUCAUAUAAAUUAAAUUACUCAUGAAAAUACAGUCUAGAAGAAAAGAGAUUUUUUUCCCCCAAUUUUUAAGUUUCAAACCAUGACAGUGGUCACUCUCCAUUUACACAGUACUGGUUUACUCUCAGAAGGGAACGAGUGAAUGCAUGAGUGGACACGGGAAUGAAUGAAAUCAUUCAAGUUUCUGUCAUUACCAAAGACACAAUCAAAAAUAGAAAUGGUUUGAUCAUCCAGCAAAUUAGUUUCUUAGGUACCCUAAGCAAGGUACCCAGGUAGCAAGCCUGGGGAUACCAUAAUGGAAAGACCACUGUUCCUUCUUUCUGAAGGAAACAGAAAGGAAUUCACCUUUAACAUAGAUUGCAACCUGUAACUGUUGGUAUAAGCGAUGAAUUACUCAACUGCAACAUAUCUUACUGUGUUUCAGAAAUAUCUCAGAUUGCUCCCUGAAUGUUGCAGUCCUGGGCAGUGGGCCCGAUACUUCCUUUCACAUUUCAACACCAGCACCUCACACGUUGUCUUCAGAGCUUGUUUUCACUCAUUGCCAUCAAGUGUCUCCUUCAGAGAUGUUAUCCCACAAUACAGCCAGUUAAGCAGGAAUCGGGCUAUUUCCCUUCCGACCUCUCCCACAAAGAAUUUCUGGGAUUUCUAAGUCAUAAAGGAUGAGUAAUUAUCACACCAGCAUGGUCUCAUGUGAAUCAUUUCACCUUCUCUUGGAAUGUUUAUGUCCUCCAAUUAAGUAAGGACGCUAUAGCCAGUCUUUCCAUAGUCCCUGUUUACCUUACUCCUGGCCUUCAGCAGGCUGUACCAAAAUUGUGUUUACUUCCUGUCUUUUCCACAACCUCCUUUCUUCAAGGACUAAAACAAGGGAUUAGUCAUCAUUUGUUCUUUCUGCUAGAAACCCACAGCCUUGAGUAAUGGUUUCCUGCAUCCUAAGUAACAUUAAAAUCCCAGGGCCUAACACAGGGACUGACAGGUUUCAUGCUGCCCUGGAAAUGUGGGAACUGAACACCUGGCACACUACUGGGCAGGGGCUAUUUGGGCCUUGCUUUGAGACAGGGAGAAGUUUUUAAUUAACUUUCUGACCUUGUCAAAUCUUCCCCUGAAUAAAGGCCAGCACUGAAGGGGCAGAUGGCCAAAUGGCCAGCAGUAAGGCAGGGAGCCAGUAAGGCAGGGAGCCAGAAAACAGCGUCUACCUGCGCAAACAUUGCCCUUCUUUCUCGGAGAGCCAUGGCUAUCACAGAGUUUUAGCUCAUGCCAACCUCACUCCAGAACUCUCAUCUUCCCUGCUUUUGCUCACCCCCUGAGAAGCCACGUGUAAACGAGUCUGCCACUGAAUUAGCAGAUGAGAACUAGCACCAAUCAGGAAGGCCAGAGAGGAACAGGCACUAAGUAGCAAGACAUUUUAGAAGACACCAAGACUCUCAUGCAUGUUUCACACAGCCAAGUUCUCCAAAACAGGCAAGGCAGCUGUCACACUGGAAGAUGAUGAGGGGCCUGCAGUGCAUUAAAAUAGUCUGUAUGUGUGGGAAGAGGUUGAAAGCUUGUCUAGUUUCUCAUAAAUGUGUGUGUGUCCUACUGUAUCCACGGGGAAGCAAGGUACUGGUGAUCUGAAUGGACAAUCUCUGCCUUCAGCAAAGCUGUUCAAAACUCCUGGUUCUUGGCCCAAACUCCAGGACCUUAAACCAGUUAUGCUACUUAUUGACCUUUCACAAAGAAAGAGAUUUGUCCUUGAAAAAAAAAUGACUUGUCAUUUUGUCCUGUGUAACUUGGCACAGUGUAUGGAAUCAUGCAGGAAAUACACACACACACGCGCACACACGCACAUGUAUGUAUGCACACACACACACACACACUUUGGAAACUACAAAGUCAGAUUCCAGUUGUCGAUUUCAAAGAAGUUGAGUGUAAAGAAUGGCACAUCAUUAGGUUUGACCUAUAAAAUCUGUAGGUUUUUUUUUUUCCCCAGAGAUCAUCAUGUUUGUCCUUAUAAUUCUUCGGAUUAAAGCCAGUUACUUCAAAGGAUUUUACAGUUCUCUGACACAAAGGUGAUUUUUAACUUGUUACUUUUUGUGAAGUGUGACCUGAGGGUAUGGUUUCAGAUAGACUACGUGCCUAGCAGGCUGGAGGUCCUACUUUAACCCAGAAGUGUGUGUAGGGGAGCUAUAUGAUAUGUGCUAAAUAAAUAGUUUUAGUCUUUUCAAUAUGGGAGAAGGAAUGACAUUAUUGACUCAAAGUCUUAAACCACAAUAUAGUUUCACUAUAUGAGAAUGCAGGUACCAUGUGCCUUCUCUACCAUAACCACACAUGACUAGGGAUUUGCUUUCUCAAGUCUGAGACUUAGCGAAAAAUAAUUCUCCACUGUGGUUUUAUUUUUGCAUUCAUUAUAUAAAGCAAGUAAACUAAAAACACUUUGUAAUCAUUUAUUUACUCUGUCAAGUGCCUAUAUUCCAAUAAAACAUUCAUCCCUAAA